AUGAUUAAUUCAACAACAAAUGAAAUUGUUAGUAAUGAUGGUGGAAAUUUUGAAUUAUUAAACCUUAAAAAUGAGGAGAAUAAUGUUGAUAUUUAUUUGGAAAUGCUUAAAAAUAAAUUCUCUGAUCCAACAUUUUUGAUUGGACUAGAACAUUUUUUAGGUAAUUAUUCUAUACGUGGUGGCAGUCAACUCGUUCGAGAAUCAAUCUCUCGCCACCUACGUCGACUCUUUGGUGUUUCUCUUCGUUGGGAAGAACUUUUUUUGGUUAAUAAUGAAUUGUCGGCUCUUGAAGUGUUCGUAAAUACUUUUUGUUUGAAUGGAGGUGAAUGGUAUUUAAUUCUCUGUCCAGCACCUUUUGCCUACCCAGAACUGGCAAAAAAUAUUAGAACACAAACUCAAAUAGAAUUUUAUCCAAUUCCCCUUACAACUAACGGUAAACAAUUGGAAAUGAAUGAUUUAAUAAAUACAUAUCAAAAAAUUGAGGAAAAGGGUAGACGAGCACGGGCUCUUCUUUUGCAUAAUCCACAUCCAAUUCUCGGUUCUCUCCAAGAUGGAGAUAGAAGAAUUGCUAAAUUAGUAGAAUGGACUAGCGAAAAAGAAAUGUUUAUUUUGUUGGAUGAAAGUUUAGCAUCUCUUGAUUUAUGGGAAUUUAGUAGUUGUUUGGCUUUAGACCAUAAUUCUCUUCAAUCUGGAAAAAAUAUUAUUUGGAUAUGGAAUGGAUCUAAACAUUUUUCACUUCCCGGAUUGGAAUUUUCUGUUAUUUAUUAUCCCCACCAAUCUGAUAUAUUUUUACAUUCUUCAAUUGCUCAUUACCAACAAUGUUCCCCUUUAGUACAAUUUUUUGCUUCCAAACUUUUGGAUGAUUUUGAAUGGACAUCAAAACUUUUUGAAAAAAGAAAAUUUAGACUUGAAACCCUUUCUUUACAAAUGUUGAAUGAACUUAAAAAUAUACUAAAUAUUUAUUCGAAACAAAUAUUAAAAACAGAAAGGCCAAUAACACAAUGGAUAUUAAUUGAUUUAUUUAAAUAUUUGCCGUUAAUUAAUGGAAAUAUUUCUUUUGUUUCUGAAAAAGAACUUUAUAAAGAAUUUAAACAAAUUGGAAAAAUUGAAUUAAUUUGUGGUGAAGAAUUGGGAAUGGAAAGGCCUGGAUGGUUUAGAUUAAGAUAUUUACCUAAUGUUAUUGAACGAUUAAAAAAUAUUCUUGAAAACAAAUUAGUGCCUUCAAACAAUCAAACAGAAAUUGUAGAUAUAAAUGAAUUGGGAUGUAAAUAUGGAGGAGGUAUUAAUUUAUUUCCUGAAAAUGGAAUUGAAGAAGGAGGAAAAUUAAGAGAAGAAAUUUGGGGGAAAAUUGAAGGGAAGAAGGAGGAGGAAGAAGAAGGAGGAAUUGGUAGAAAAAUUUGGGAUAUAAGUGAAGGAGAUGAAAAUGAGGAGGGAUUAAAAGAAAGGGAAGAGGAAAUGGAAGAAGACGAAGUUCUUAGCAAACAAUUAAAUAAUUUAAAUAAAACUGAAAUUGAGGAUGUUGAUAAAUUAAAAGAAAACCAGAACUUUCAAGAAAAUUCAAAAAAUUUAAAUAUUUCCAAAGAAAUUCCUUCAACAGAUUUAAGUUUUAUAGAAGAAUUAAUUAAAAGUAGUAAAAGAGAAGAGAAGGAAGAAGGAGAAAUAAUUAGUAAAUGGAAAUAUUGUGAAGAAGAAGAAUUUUAUGAAGAAGCUUUUACUGAAGAUGUUGAAAAUUUCGAAGAAAUAAUUCAAUCACCUCAAAAUUUAUUAAUUUCUCCAAACAAAACAUUAGAAUAUUCCCCUUUGAGUGUUACUGUGCCUGAUAGACCUAAAAUUAAUUUUUUUGAAAAAGAAGAGAAUAAUACAACAAAUAUUUUGGAUGAUAGUAAUGAUUCUAAAAGAAUUAUUGAAAUUAUUGAUCAAAUAUUUAGAGAUGCUGUUGAAAUUAAAGAUUUUUCUUCUUCCUCAACAGAAUCCCAUCCAAACAAUGCAAUACCUCAACAUGACAGGCAUUGGUCCGAUUCUGGACUUGCUGCUGAAUCUCCCCCAGAUUUUACUUCCAUAUCUCCCCCACCCCCAAAUAAACAAGAAAAAUCUUCGACUGUCGGAAUUCAACUUCCUUUUGAAGAAUUAACGCCCGAAUAUAGCAGAAGACGUUUAAUUGGUCCGGAUGAUCAAAUGUUAGACGAUUCUGGAAUUUUUGUAGAAUUACAGCCUGGGGCUUUGAGUAUUGACUUUCCUUUAUUAGUCCCAAUUGAUAAAUUAAAUAAAGUAGAAGAAAUAUCUGAGUUAAUUUUACCUUCAAAAAAUAUUUCUUCAACAAAUUUACAAUUAAAUAGAGAAUUAAUUAAUAACAAUAAUAUACCAAUAAUGACAAUAGAUUUACCGUUUAAAUCUGUGGAGGAAGAAAUUGUUGGUUGGAAACCUUUAGAAAAUUUAAAAGAAGAAAAUGAAAAUAAAGAAUUACUUAAACCUUUAAUUAACGAAAAAAGAAAAUUAAGUGCAACAGAUUGGUAUAAACGUUUUGGGGAUGAGGAAGAGGAAGAUGAAAAAGAAGAAGAAGAAAUUAAUAAAGAAAUAAUUUUAGACCCCUCAGAUAUAGCAGCAUUAAUUAAUGAAGGGGCAGAAUUUUGUCCUAUUAUUAAAAAAGAACAACAAACAGAAGAGGGGGAGGGAGAGAAUAUUAAAUCAAAAAGUGGUGAAGUACUUGAUUGGAAACCUCUUGAACAAAUUAAUAUUUUAAUUGAGGAAAAGAAGCAACAAGAAAUUAAUGAAGAAUAUUUAGUAAAUGAUAAUCAAGACAAUAAUAAUAUAUUUAAGGAAUCAAAAGAUAGUUCAUUUAAUUCGUUAAAUGAUCAAUUACCUAUUAUUUCUUCUAGAAAAAGUACAAAAUCAGAAGCCUUAGAUAUUGUUUCUGAAUGGAAUAAUAAAUUAAUAAAGAAACAAGUUGAUGGAAAUAAGGAAGAAGAAGAAAAGGUUAAUAUUGAUAUUCAGUUAAAUAGUGAUAGUUGGCAGGCUAAUUCUAAAGUGUUAAUUUUGCCUUUAACAAAAUUAGAAAAAGCAGAAUUUAAUAUUAAAAAUAAAGAGAAAGGCCAUUUAAAAACAAUUGUUCAUUUAAAUUCUCCCCCUAAAAAACCUCAAAGAACAUCUUUGGAUUCCGAGCCUGAACAUUCUAAUUUCCAAAAAAUAAAUAGAGGAAAUGAGGAGGAAAAGAAAAUAUUGUUUUCUAAUAAUUCAAGUAAAACUCAACAAAUCCACCAUAAAAUGCAGAUGCGUAGAUGCCGUCGUAGACCUUUAUCUGGCUCAAAAUUGAAUCGUAAUCUUCUUACUAUUGAACAUAUAAAUAUAACACAAUUAGAAUAUUUGGGUGGUGAUAUGUUAGAAAAAAUUGAAAAAGGAGAACGUAUUGUUACAAAUAUUUCAACAAAAUUAAAUAAUUUUGCUGAAAAUGAAUUAUUUAAUAAAUUGGAUUUCCGAAGAAAUGAAAGAAUUAACAAAUUUGUUGAAAUAAAGAGGAAUAGAAGUGAAGAAACAGGCAAAAUAAAAACAGAAACAAAAAUAAUAAAAAGUCAAUUAAAAAACAAAAAUAAUGAAGAAAUAAAAAACGAAAAUGCCUCAUUAUUUACAGAAAUAACUUCAAAUAAUAAUUCUGAAAAUCCUUCUUUUUCUGAUAAAAAUAAAAUAAUUUGGAGAAAUAUACCAAUUAAACAACAAAAAAUUUCCCCUCCCUCACGUAUUUCAAUUACAACAAAUCAAGGGGGAAUUUUAAAUAAAAAUAGUGAAGGAAAUGUUGUUACUGUUAAACACACUCCCGGCACUAAUUGGUGUAUUUCUUCAAUUUAUAAAACAACAGAAUAUGGAUGGGAAAAACAAACAUUAAAACCUCGUUUUGCUACAAACUUUGAUGAAAUGCCGAGGAGAACAAGCACAUAA